CAUCGAAUCCCAUUCUAAACGUAGGCAGGGCAAUCAAGGCAAGCACGCCAGGCGUCACAGGCACACACAUUUUAUCAGGUCAGAUGCAUCUCGAAAGUUCCCUGGGGAACAGCUCUCAGAAGAGAGAACGCUUUGGGCUUGCUGGUCUGGUCAGGUCUUAAAAUGGUUUUUCCUGUUUCAUGUACAACCUCCUACCUGCCUUUGGCAAUCCCCCCUGGCUUUCCCCUGCAGCUUUGUGACGACCACCUUCGUGGUGGAGGCCAUGGCGGCAGCCAACGCUCAGCUCCGCUGGAAGAGGAUGGAAAACCACCAGGAGGAGGAAGAUGAUGACUCCUCCACGGCCUCCGACAGUGAUGUCCUUGUCCCGGACAACUAUGAGCGGGCAGAGAAACGGCCCAUCCUGUCAGUGCAGAGACGUGGAUCUCUGAACCUUUUUGAAAUCACAGAUCGGGUGGAAAUGGGACAGAUGGCCUCCAUGUUCUUCAAUAAAGGUAUAAGUUCUUUCUCAAGGUGAGGCGAGGGCAAAGGGGGGUAGUUUCCGAGAGACCUUGACGGCUGGAGAUGGGGCAGGUGGUGCAGAGGAGCGGACCGUCGGUGGCUCCCAGCGCAUUUGAGCAGCCACCUUGCCGAGAGGCCUGAACCGCUGCCGUUGUUUUCCUGGAUCCCUCCCCGUUCAGCGCUAGGAAGGGAGAAGCAGCUGCUUGGCUCCUCCUGCUUGUAGAGGUCAGGAAUCCUGAGCAGCUUUCCAAGGAAGGAAGCCGAUGGAGCCGGCUCGUAGUUUUAUGCCUCUUGCUUGAUUACUUCUGACUUGUCUCUCUGUUCUUCUGGACUGUUCAGUCUAGGACAGCACAGGGCAGAUACCUAGGACAGUGGUA